AUGUCUUCCACCUCGUCUCCCUCUCCCCUGGACGAAAAGCCCGGGGCGAGUCACAGCGAUACGACCAUUAACAUCACCAGUGACUCCGGCCGCCUUCAUGCACUGGAACAGCUGGAAAUUCUGCCUCAGAUCCUUCAGGAGGGCAUUUUGUUCGCGGGCUCAGGAGCAGCGCUGUUGCUGCAAGCUGCCUUGCCCGGUAUCCGCGAGGAGGAAACCACCGGCGGGCCCGAUGUGUUGGCAACCGAGCUCCUAGAUGCGCUCCAGGCACAUAUUAGCUAUAUGUCAUGCCUCGUUUUUGGCACCCGCGAAGAGCGCAAAGCUCUGCUGGAUACGCUGCACCGCGGCAUAGCCCCGCUGUUGGGUGGCGGGCGCCAGAACCGGUUCUCCCACCACCCACCGCUGCAGCUGUGGAUGGCCGCCACGCUGUACGCCACCUCGACCGAUUUCUACCAGCGCGUCUACGGGCGCGUCGAGUACCACACCGCGCAGCGUUGCUACAGCGAGUUCACGCUGAUCAUGAACUGUCUGGGUAUGCCCGCCGAUAUCUGGCCCGAGACCCGUCAGGCCUUUUGGUCCUACUGGGACAACCAGGUCGCCAACCUGAGGGUUUCCUCGGACGCGGCUACUUUUGCCAAAGACUUACGUGAGAGCACCGACAUGCCCCGUUGGGUGCAGACCAUCAAGCCCUUCCUGCGGGUGGUCACCAUCGAGAUGCUACCCCCGCGUCUGCGGGAUGCCUAUGGUCUUCGCUCCACGGCUGCGACUCGCGCCCUGUACCGGACCUGGAUGGGCUUCUCUGUGGCCGUCUACCCAGCAAUGCCCAAUAAGCUGCGAGCAUACCCCUUACGGUUCUACCAGGACCGCCUACGCGAAAAAUUGCAUGUGGCUUGA